AUCCGUAUCAAUCAAAUCCAUCAAUAAGACUCCACAAAACAGCUUAAUCCUUCAUGCAUCAUCAAGAUUCGGCCGUACACCCUCCUCAGGCCUUCUACCAGUAUCAGAACACAUAUUCCACGUAAGCCACGACCACCAACAGCCUUGAAGAUCAUUAUGAUGCCGAUCAUGCUUGAAGAUGACCUCGACAAGAUGGACGUGAAAACUAGGCAACACUACCUUAAGUAUUCAUGUCCUGGCAUGGGCAUGGUCGGCAGGGGGCCACGUGACCCCAGAGAAAUGACGAUGCCUCAAACGCAUGAGAUCGAGCAUGGCUCCAUAUCGACCCAUACGAGCAAGAUCCUGGGAUGCUCUAGGGCUCAUGGAUAUCGCGGCCUUGGAAGUCGCCAGCGGACAUACUCUGCCUCAGAGGAAGUUUUAUCCAUCCCGGACAAUAGAAUUUCUAGUCUCAAGACACUCAAACGAGCCCAUCAGCCUAUUGAGUUCAAUUCCAAGCCGAUGCUUGAGGAGAGGUUCUCCCAAGAUCAUCAUACUCACUGGAGACCACAACGACAAGUCCCUGGAGUCCACUUUGAUAAUAAUGGCUACUCUAGUCAGAGAAAAACAACGAAGAGUGGCUUCUCCUAUGGUAACUCAUUACGAACUCCCCGGCAACUGGAUUGUGGUUCAGUCUCACGCACAGAAUUAUGUCCUGAUGAAAGUCAGCUGGAUAGCAGCAUGGAAUUGAGGAGGCAUCGGCCAAACCCCAGUCAUGACCAACAAGUUCCUUCGCCUCCGAGAACACCGCGAAUAUCCCGAAUGCCGACUCCAGACCUCGAACCUCUUUUCAUGCACCGAUUCUGCCCCUGUUGUUCUCAAGAAAAGAGUGACGGCGAUGACGACAAUGAUGACGAUGAGGAUUAUGGUCGUUGGCGCAGAGAAAGAGCGAAAAUGGAUCAACAGAUAAAUGAUGCGAAGGCAUACAUAGCUAGCAAGUCAAAGGGACCAAAAGAGCCCGGGUUGUUGCUAGAUCGGUGAAACCUGGAGCAACACAGUAGGGACUGGGCACGCGGAUCAGAAGUCCCAUAAAUAGUCUUACAGGGAGGAACUCGGUUCGGGUUGCAAAAUGAGGCUUGUAUCUGUAUGAAUUAACGACUAUAGUGAAUAUCAAUACUCUAAGUG